AUGCAGUCGUCCAUAGUAGUAUAACACAGCUAGCAACUCGCUUAAAAAGGCGAGGACGCGCGCGUAGACGACGGAGCGAUCGAUCGCCGCCGAUCGGCUUGGCUGAAGGCGAGAAGGUAGGGAUGGCGUCGGUCGACUUGGAGCUGGGGCGACCUCUGUCGGCGGCGGCGGCGGCGUACCCUCCUCCGCUGCGGCGGAGCAUCAACGACGACGACGUUGACGACGACGGGAAGCCCAAGCGAACAGGAACGGAGUGGACGGCGAGCGCGCACAUCGUCACGGCGGUGGUCGGCUCCGGCGUGCUGUCGCUGGCAUGGUCCACGGCGCAGCUCGGCUGGGUCGCCGGCCCGGCCACCCUCGUCGUGUUCGCGGUCAUCACCUACUACACCUCCGUGCUCCUCGCCGACUGCUACCGCGCCGGCGGCGAUCAGGUCUCCGGGAAGAGGAACUACACAUACAUGGACGCCGUCGAGUCCUAUCUAGGUGGUCGGCAAGUGUGGUUCUGUGGUCUCUGUCAGUACGUUAACCUGGUUGGAACUGCAAUCGGGUACACCAUCACAGCAUCCAUCAGUGCCGCGGCGGUGUACAAGUCCAACUGCUUCCACAAGAACGGCCACUCCGCCGACUGCAGCGUCUUCACCACCUCGUACAUGGUGGUGUUCGGCGUUGUCCAGGUCUUCUUCUCCCAGCUGCAGAGCCUCCACGAGGUGGCGUGGCUGUCCGUGCUCGCCGCCGUCAUGUCCUUCUCCUACUCGGCCAUCGCCGUCGGCCUCUCCUUGGCACAAACCAUAUCAGGUCCUACUGGUAUGACGACUAUGUCUGGGACUGUAAUCGGAAUAGAUGUUGAUUUGUCGCACAAGAUAUGGCAGGCACUGCAAGCCCUCGGAAACAUCGCGUUCGCAUAUUCCUACUCCCUGGUUCUCAUUGAAAUCCAGGACACGAUCAGGUCGCCGCCGGCGGAGAGCAAGACGAUGAGGAAGGCGAACGCGCUGGCCAUGCCGGUGAUCACGGCGUUCUACACGCUCUGCGGCUGCCUCGGCUACGCGGCGUUCGGGAACGCGGCGCCGGGGAACAUGCUCACGGGCUUCGGCUUCUACGACCCCUACUGGCUCGUCGGCCUCGCCAACGCCUGCAUCGUCGUGCACCUCGUCGGCGCCUACCAGGUGAUGUCCCAGCCCGUCUUCACCGCCGUCGAGUCCUGGGCGUCCUCCCGGUGGCCCCGGUGCGGCUUCUUCGUCACCGGCGGCGGCGGAACGAGGCUGAUCAGCGUGAACGCGUUCAGGCUCGCGUGGCGCACGGCGUACGUCGUGGCGUGCACCGCGGUCGCCGCCGUGGUGCCGUUCUUCAACGACGUGCUCGGCCUCCUCGGCGCCGUCGGGUUCUGGCCGCUCACCGUGUACUUCCCCGUGGAGAUGUACAUCCGGCGGCGGAAGCUGGAGAGGUCGUCCAAGAGGUGGGUGGCGCUGCAGAGCCUCAACGCCGUGUGCUUCGUGGUGACGCUCGCCUCAGCGGUCGCGUCCGUGCAGGGGAUCGCCGAAUCGAUGGCGCACUAUGUACCGUUCAAGUCAAAGUUGUAAAGGAAAAAAAAAAGAACGGUCUAUGCACCAUUUGCUGUUAACCUGAUAGGAAUGUGACCGUACGAGUACUUUGAGAUUCAUGCUGGACAACAAAACCCAAAGAGAGUUGCUACAAAACAGGAUCCCGUUGCAACGGGAUAGACAUAUUAACUAUUCUCUUACACGAGUA